AAUUUUGAAUGUCUCACAAAUAUUUGGACAUUGGCAUAUUGGACAGUCCAAAUAUGCCAAUGUCCAAAUAGCUACUGCGCCAAUUGGAUUUGGAUUGGACAAUUGGACAAGACAAAUCCAAUUGGACAUAUAA